AUGGCCUCAAAAAUCUCAUCUACGCUCUCAAAUCAAUCACACUCUGGUCCCCCCACUGGCGCACAAGAUGAUGGAGAUGGAGGUGAUGAAGUGGUCGUGAUCCUGCCGCACGAGAAGAGCGGCCUGUGGAGCGCCUUCGUGAACCUCCUCACGGGGGCCAUCGGCGUGGGCAUCCUCUCCUUCCCCUACGCCUUCAAGUCGGCCGGCCUCGUCGGCAUCACCGUGCUGGGCCUCCUCUUCGCCGCCCUCAACGCCUACACCCUGUGGCUCCUCGCCCGCUACGCCCACCGCCACGCCGCCCACCUCGUGGCCCACCCCACCUACGAGUCCCUCGUCCGACGCGUCCUCGGCCCACGAGCGUACGCCGUGGUGGAGGCCUGCAUUUUGUUCAACACCGUGGGAGCGCUGUCGGCGUUCCUCAUAGUCGUGGGCGACCUCGGCCACGUGGUGCUGGAGGAGUGGUUGCACAGCACCAGCGUGCCGGACUUCUUCUAUUCGAAGACGUGCGUGGUGCUGGUGUUCUGCUUCUGCUUUGAUUUCUUCCUCGCGGUGCCGCUCGUUGUGUUCUCCCUCGGCUGCCAUCUCCAGGUGGUGCCCGUCUACCACUCCCUCAAGAGGGAGAAGAAGCCCUGGCUGGGGCCGACCCUGGUGGCCAGCGUAAUGACGUGCAUCUGCGUCUACUUGGCCACCGGCGUCAUGGGCUACCUCCGAUUCGGCAACGACAGCCAAGGGGACAUUCUGGGCAAUUUCCCGGUGAGCGACAUCAUGCUGGACGUGGGCAAGCUGCUGAUGGCGGCCCACAUCUCGCUCGCCUACCCCGUCAACCUCUACCCGUGCACCAAGUCCGUCCAGCUCCUCCUGACCCUCCUCCCCAUCCCCUUCUUCAAGCCGAAGGAGGAAGGCAAGGAGGGCUUGAAGGAGAGUCGGUGGCGCGCGGUGGUGUCGCACUGGGCCAUCACCCUGUGCCUGAUGGGCCUCACGGCCGGCCUGGCCAUCCUGGUGCCCAACAUCCAGAUCGUGUUCGGCCUGAUCGGCAGCACCACGGCCGUCGUGCUCAACUUCAUCACGCCGGCCCUCAUGCUCCUGGUCUCGCCCCUCUCGCUGCCCUACGACGGACACGGCCCUGCUGGGCAUCAACCCGGACGCCGACGAAGAGGUCCGCAUCUCGCUGUCGCCGACGACGAUCGGAAUCAUCACCAUCAUGGCCGGCAUCAUCUGCAGCGCGAGUCGUCGGUGGCAUCGACGUCGACGUCGACGUCGGAUCGCGCGCCGCUGCUGCUGGUGCACCGGCCCACGCCGCCCUCGCGCAACAUUUGCGCCACGGCGGCGAUCGAGCGGGUGGUCGCCGUGAGCAUCAUCUCGCUCGCGCUCCUCAUCGCCAUCUGCGGCACCGGCGUCAACAUCUACCAAAAUUUCUUCUGA